AUGACGUCGCCGUUUCACGCGACGUCUCAAGCUCGCAAAGCGCAGGCGUCGCAGAGCGCGGGUGGAAUCCGCUUCAAUCUGUGGAGCGACGCGGCAACGUGGCCGGGGGGAGUGGUGCCGGGCGUGGGGGCGGGCAAGGGCGCCAACGCCACCAUCCCGUGCGGCGUGGCCGUGCUUCUCGACAUGCCCUCUGUCGUCCUCUCCACUCUCACCAUCCGGGGCAUGCUCAAGAUCGAGGACACGCCGUCACGGCCGCUGGUGCAGGUGAACGCGUCGUUUGUGAUCGUGGAGGGGCAGCUGAUCGCAGGCAGCAGCGCAAAGCACUUCUCUCAGAAGGUCGUCUUCACGCUCACGCACAACCCCAACGGCCGCGCGCCCUACCAGUACACCGCCAACGCACCCGCUGACCCCGCCAACCCCCGCAACUUCGGCCACAAGGCCUUCGUCGUGGUGGGAGGGCAGGUGCGCAUGCACGGCAUGCCGGGGGGCUCCUCCACGCCCUCGUGGUGCCGCCUGGCAGCGACAGCACAGGCGGGCGAUACAGCCAUCCUGGUGGACCGGGACGUCUCCGCAUGGCCCGUGGGCUUCCAUGUCGGCCUCGCCUCCACCGACUUCUAUCCCGACCAGAUCGACGUCGCCAAAAUCGUUGCUGUGACGGCGGUGGGCGGCAGCAAGUGGAAAGUGGCGCUGAGCGCGCCGCUCUCCUACAGCCACUUCGGAGAGGUGGUGCCCGACGGGUUCGGCGGCACGAUAGACGAGCGCGGGGAGGUGGUGCUACUCAACCGCACAGCGACCAUUCGAGGGGAGGACGAGGCGGCACCUUACAACUGGGAGGGCGGGCACUUCAUGGUGUUCUUCACUCAGACCGCGCAGCUGAUAGAGGGCGUGGAGUUUGCCCAGAUGGGGCAGCAGGGGCAGCUGGGGCGCUAUAACAUCCACUUCCACCUCUGUGGGAAUCAGGCGGGGAGGAGCGUGGUGCGCAAGAACGUCAUGCAUGACAGCAAGCAGCGCUGUGUGGUGGUGCACGCCACCUUCAAUCUGACGGUGGAGGAGAACGUGGCGUUCAACACGAGAGGGCAUUGCUUCAUGGUGGAGGAGGGCGGCGAGCAAGGCAACUCCUUCAUCCGCAACGUCGGCAUCUGGACGCGCGCAGUGGAGGUGAAGAUAUCGGAUGAGGAGACGGACAACGAGCCAUCCACGUUUUGGAUCACCAAUGCCAACAACAACUACAUCGACAAUGUCGCUGCCGGCUCAGAAGACACCGGCUUCUGGCUGGAGCUGAGGGACCAAGUAAGGGGGCUGUCUUCUCAAUGGCCGCAGAUCAACACGCUGAUUCCCUUCAACUACCACCGCGUGGGCACGUUCGCAGGCAACGUGGCGCACUCGUGUGAGAUUGGCUUCCGUGACUACCCCGGGGGGUUCAACCCCCGCUUCAACGCCUCCACUCUCGACCAGGACGAGACCUACUGGGACCAUCCAGUGUGGGUGACUAUCUCGGGCUUCACUCUCUACAAGAACACCUACGUGGGCGCGUUCAUCCACAACACGGACUACGUGGUAUUCGAUAAGUUCACAGCAGCGGACAACGUGUGGGGGGUGGAGAUGCAUCAGGUGGAGGGCAUAGUGAUGCGCGAUCUCACGGUGGUGGGGCACACCGCCAACUACGGCAACCCCUUUGACUGCACCGACCCGGACUCCAACGGCUGCGCUCCGGUCUCCGGCUGCAAGUUCCCAUUGGCGAAGGGCCAGCAGGGGCGCAGUGUGGGAGAAGGGGGGUGGGAGGAGCCGGUGUACGGGCUGGUGUUCACGCAGAGCCCAUGGUUCACCGACGGGCUCUUCAACAACGCUGUUGACGGCGCUAAGUUCGCCGGGUUUGACAGCACAUGCAAGCCGUCUGCAGCGGUGGCGGUGGAGGGGGACAUGGGGACCUACUGGAACGCCGGCAACAACUUCAAGGUGCCUCGCAGCCCUUGUCUUUCACGGCCCUUCACUGCUGCUCUCUGCUCUCUGCUCUUUCUCUCCUCACAGUUGCACCCACAUCAUCAUGUGUAG